UAAUAUCUUGAAAAUGAAAUCAUCAUCAAAGGGGAUUUUGAAGAAGUAAUCACAACAAGAUAUAGAUAUGUAUUGAAAUGAAUUUUAUUGUAGGAAGAAAGAAUUGCAUUGGGAUGAGCAUACAAUACAGUAAGGAAUAUUCCAAAUUUAUUAGAUAACAAGACUUGGAGAGAGGAAACAAGACGAAAAUUGAUGAACCUAAAACACCUUAUGAAGAUGAUAUUAUACAAUAAAAUCAGCAGGAAGAUAAAAUUGAAGUAGAAGAUGAAAUCGAGCAAGAUUUGGUAUAGGCUUAAUUGAAUAAACAAAAAUUGCAACAAGUAAAGUAGGGUCCCUUAAAUGUAGCAACAUCAAAAGAAAUUGGAUAUCGAAGAAUUGAAUAAGAGAUUGAAGGAGGAUUUGGAGAGGGAAAGAAAAAACAUGGAUGAUGAUGAUUCUGCAGAAGAAGAGGAAAAAAGAAAAAAACAUGAAGAUUUUGUCAAGAAAAGAAAAUAACACUACAAUGAGAAGAAUUUAAUUAGAGAUGCCAUGCAUAAAAAAUAGUUUGAGGACUAAUGAAUUAUAUAACAUUU